AUACCAUAGAAGUCCCGUUCGGGCUGAACGCGCGUUUGGCUACGGUAACAUCAGCAUCCUCACCAUCACUGGGGUGGACCAAGGUGGGAUUGACAGCAUUAGAACAAGGAGCUUCAAAUUGGUCGAUGCUGGUCCUGAUGCAAGACGCAUCGGUGAAUACGGGAAGUCUUAAGCUAAUGUUUGACCACGAAAAGGGGAACUCGCAUUCAAAUCACCGCUAUCAAGCGAUAGCAGCCAGACCAUUCAUCAAUCUAUUCUUUUCCUUUUAAGCAGGUAACGUUAGACUAGAAUUCAGCCUAGCGCCAAUCGUUUAAUUGACAGGAAUGUCGAUCGAGAUUGAAUUUCAGCGAAUGACAAUGGAAAGAAGUGCUUAAUUCCAUCUCAGUAAAAUUGCAGUUAAUUUCACGGUAGUUAGCCUAGAGAAAGUUAUUUGGGCAUUUCUGGUUGGAAAUAACCUAGUGCUGUGGACAUGGCGGAUGCUGCUGAGUGCGGUGUAAAAGUGAUGUGCCGAUUCAGGCCUUUAAAUGAAUCGGAAACCAACAGAGGAGACAAAUACAUCCCGAAAUUCAAAGGCGAAGACACGGUGGUAAUAACGGGCAAGCCUUAUGUGUUUGACCGAGUCCUGCCACCCAACACAGCCCAGGAGCAGGUCUACGAUGCCUGUGCCAAGCAGAUCGUCAAAGAUGUGUUGGGUGGCUACAAUGGAACCAUCUUUGCCUAUGGCCAGACCUCGUCAGGCAAGACUCACACCAUGGAGGGCAAGCUCCAUGACUCCCAGCUGAUGGGUAUCAUCCCCCGUAUCGCCAGGGACAUCUUUGACCACAUCUACUCCAUGGACGAGAACCUGGAGUUCCACAUCAAGGUCUCCUAUUUUGAAAUCUACUUAGACAAAAUCAGAGACUUAUUGGAUGUGUCAAAGAUCAACCUAGCAGUGCAUGAGGACAAAAACAAGGUGCCCUAUGUUAAGGGCUGUACGGAACGCUUUGUGUCCAGUCCAGAAGAGGUUAUGGAUGUCAUCGAUGAAGGAAAAUCCAAUCGUCACGUGGCUGUUACAAACAUGAAUGAGCACAGUUCUCGCAGUCACAGCAUCUUCCUGAUCAACAUCAAGCAGGAGAACGUAGAGACAGAACUGAAGCUGUCAGGAAAACUCUACUUGGUGGAUCUGGCUGGCAGUGAGAAGGUCAGUAAAACUGGGGCAGAGGGAUCUGUGUUGGACGAGGCCAAGAAUAUCAAUAAGUCCCUCUCCGCCCUGGGGAACGUCAUAUCAGCUCUGGCCGAGGGAACUAAAACCCACGUGCCCUACAGAGACAGUAAGAUGACCCGUAUCCUGCAGGACUCUCUGGGGGGAAACUGUAGGACCACCAUCAUCAUUUGUGCCUCCCCCUCUGUCUACAAUGAGGCUGAGACCAAGUCCACCCUCAUGUUUGGACAGAGAGCUAAGACCAUUAAGAACACAGUGUCAGUGAACCAAGAGCUGACAGCUGAGGAGUGGAAGAAGAAGUAUGAGAAGGAGAAAGAGAAGACUAAAGGCUUGAAAUACGUGAUCCAGAAGCUUGAGACCGAGCUCAAACGCUGGAGGAAAGGUGAGGCUGUUCCAGUGGAGGAACAGCUGAGCAGUAAGGAGAAGAAGAGCAACAGUGGUGACGCCAUGGCCACGCCCAUGAUUGACACUAUCGCCCCACCCCCUGUCCCGCUAUUGGACGAGGAGAAGACCCGAUACGAGGGACUCAUCACCGACUUGUACCAGCAGCUGGAUGACAAGGAUGAUGAGAUCAACCAACACAGUCAGCUGGCAGAGAAGUUCAAAGAGCAGAUGAUCGAUCAAGAUGAGCUGCUGGUUUCGGCCCGUAAGGACUAUGAGAAGCUGCAGGAGGACCUGUCCAGGCUGCAGAGGGAGAACGAGGUGGCCAAAGAGGAGGUGAAGGAGGUGCUGCAGGCCCUGGAGGAGCUUGCUGUUAACUACGACCACAAGAGCCAGGAAGUGGAGAACAAGAACCGCUCCAACAACCAGCUCAGCGAGGAACUCAACCAGAAGAGCACCACUCUGGAGGGGGUGCAGAGGGAGCUGUCCAGUCUACAGGAGCUCAGCAGUCACCAUAAGAAGAGAGCAGCAGAGAUCCUCAGUCUACUGCUCCGAGACCUCAGUGAGAUAGGAGGCAUCAUCGGCACCAGUGACCUCAAGGCUAUGAUGGAGGUGAAUGAGGUCAUCGAGGAGGAGUUCACCAUGGCCCGUCUUUACAUCAGUAAGAUGAAGUCGGAGGUCAAGUCUCUGGUGAACCGCAGCAAACAGCUGGAGAGCUCCCUUGUCGACACCUCCCGCAAGAUGCAGGCCAAUGAGAAGGAGCUGGCCUCCUGUCAGUUACUCAUCUCCCAGCACCAGGCUAAGAUCAAGUCUCUGACAGACUACAUGCAGAACAUGGAGCAGAAGAAGAGACAGCUGGAAGAAAGCCAGGACUCCCUGAUGGAAGAGCUACACGCACUACAUGCACAGGAGAAAAUGAAAGAGGUACAUGUGAUGGAUAAGCAGAAGGAGCACCUGACCAAACUGCAGGAUGCAGUGGAGAUGAAGAAGACCCUAGAGGAGCAGAUGGAGAACCACAGAGAGGUGCAUCAGAAGCAGCUGUCUCGCCUGCGGGAUGAGAUCGACCACAAGCAGAGGGUCCUGGACGAGCUCAAGGAUCUGAACCAGGGGUUGCAGCUGGAACAGAGGAAGCUGCAGUCAGACAAUGACAAACUGAAGGCCGAGGAGCUGGAGAAGGACGAGCAACUGCAGAAACUUGUCUUCAUGAAUGAGAAGAGAGAGCAGGCCAAGGACGACCUGAAGGGGCUCGAAGAAACUGUGGCCAAGGAGCUUCAGACCCUGCACAACCUGCGCAGGCUUUUCAUCCAAGAGCUCACCUCCCGCGUCAGCAUGAGUGCAGAAAUGGAUAAUGAGGAGGCUGGGGGCAGCCUGGCUCAGAGACAGAGGAUCACCUUCCUGGAGAACAACCUGGAGCAGCUCACCAAGGUCCACAAACAGUUGGUGCGCGAUAACGCCGACCUGCGCUGUGAGCUGCCCAAGCUGGAGAAGCGUCUGCGGGCUACGGCUGAGAGGGUCAAGGCCCUGGAAGCGGCCCUGAGGGAGGCCAAAGAGAGUGCCAUGAGGGACCGCAAACGCUACCUGCAGGAGGUGGACCGCAUCAAAGAGGCCAUGCUCUCCAAGAACACCUCCAGGAGGGGGCACUCUGCACAAAUAGCUAAGCCCAUCCGUGCAGGACAUCAGCAGCACUCCACAUCCUCUCCCUCAGCGGGUCAUUCCAUCCGUGGAGGCUCUAUCCGCGGGGGUGGAGGGGUGUCUAGCCCUCACCACCACCGCCACCCGGCCUCUCCAUCACCCCACCGCCAGCAACAGCAGCAGCAGCAGCAGCAGCACCGCAGCAAAUAAAGCACAGCUGCAGGUGGAAGCUGGAUUUUCCAGCUGGAUGUACAGACCAUAUCUCCUCUCCGUUUGGGACCGGACCCCACUCCGGGACUGUCUGGGAUAUUCUCUUUCCCCAUGGACCUUGCUAUCUCUCUCUCUAACCACUGGGACCAAUCCUCCUCUCCUUCUCUCACCACUCUGCCUUUACUGGGACUCCAGACUCCUCAUUCCUGAAAAAAACACACUCUGUAAGCCAGAUAUCUUUAUUAAUAGGUCUCCUAUCCUCAGCAAGAGGAAAGAGAGACUCCGUAAUGCUGAAAAAGUGCUUUUCAUCUCUCGCCUUCUUGACUCUCUCUCACUCUCACUCUGCCUCUGUUUCUGAUGUUGUAUCGAUAUGCCUCUCUCUCUCUCUCUCUCUGACUGAAAUGUGUAAUGAGCUACUACUAUAUGUUGUUGAGGGUGAUGUCUCUCUGGUGCUUGUUCAGUGUUGUAUCUUGUGAAACAGGCUGGAUUUCCUUUAAGAUAAAUUAUGAGAAAAGGUGGUUUAGAGGGUUACAUUGAAUAUGGUUGUUUAGGGGUUUCUGUCUAACACCAAUGCCCUCAGAAACAAUAGAAGGGACCCGGAUGUUGUUAAGGAUGAACGUUUGGAGACACAGUUAGUAUUGUAGUGUGUUUUAGAACCCACAUAGUGUUUUUUGAUGAAUGUUUAAGAUCACCUUUAAAAGUAGUGGUUUUGAAAGGAGCACUCUGUUUUGUACUGAAUUUUGUUGAUUUAAUGAUUAUUAUUUGCGCAACUGCUAUUUAUUUUACACAUUUUAUUUAUGCAACAUUGAUGUUAGUUAUUUGAACAUGUGCUUUGACAAUAUCACACACUACUGAAGUCACGUGAAGAUUCUAUGGUCAUACUUUACUAAUCUACUCUGCUUGAGAUGCACAUUGUUAAGAUACAGAUCAACUUUCUUAUUGUAAACAUUUCUAAAUCAGAGUAUGUAUCCCAUAUGGUUUUAAUAAUUGCCAAGCUACAGUAACAACAUUUUAAGACAGCAUUGGAGCAGAUUGUUGAGACAGAACAUUGAAUUUCCUGCAAAUAUUUUCUAUAUUCUUGGUUUCCGGGGCAUUGAGUCUUUUCAUUUGUAUUACAUGCAGACCAAAUCGAAAUACAUUAAUGAGGUGCUAUGAAGCCAAAACUGACGGAUCGUACAGCUUGUGAAAAUUUCCGAGGAAUUAGACCUAAAAGAUGUAAGGUAUUUUGUAAUGCCUAACAUGGUUAUUAUACCGUAUUUCCUUCCUUUGCUGGGUUUCGUUUUUUGCUGCUUUAGACUGAAUGUCUCACAUGCCAGUUUGUUAUUUUAAAAGCUGUAUCGUCAAUUUUCUUUAUAAAUGAAGGUGUAGAAAAAGAUGAUUGAAUACCUGUGGUAAUCUGAAGUUGAAGAGAUGAUGAGUUGUGUGAUUGGUUGUUUCCCCACUGCAAUGAUGCUGAUCAGCCCAUCAGUAGAUCUUGCAGUGUAUGGGCUAGUCGGAACUGAAGUGUUUGAGUUAUAGGGUUUAUCAGGGAUUUCAUGUUUGGUCUUUCUGGAUUUACUCUCUCCGCUCUAAAGAAGUAAUACAAUCAGAAUGGUUUACAAAUUAUAUAAGGUUGUCAUUGGUCUGGGAUCUAGAGUAUUUCCUCCAUGUCACUUGUCUACUUGUGGUCCACCUGUAUUCAUGGUGCUAAAGGAUAUUCGGGCUAAUGUUUUGUAGAUAUCUGCUCUCUGUCAUGUAUCAAAUCAAGUGCUUUUCAACUGGCUCUUUCAUUCUAGUUCACAAAGUCUAAAUAAUUGUUUUUCUUAACUUUGUAUGAGGUAAGGGAAAAAAUUAAGACAGUCGUACAAAUACAAAUACAAAAUAAAAAAUGCUUACUUACGGGUCAUUUUCCAACAAUGCAGAGUUAAAGAUAACGAUUCAAUGUUUUUUUAUAAUGUCUAAGUACACAGUGAAUAAUGAAUUAUGCUGUUGUGAAAUGUGUUCUAUUAAGGUGUCUUGGAACAGGGUCUAGCAUUCGUUCACCUCUCACACUGGUUUCCUGUUGAAAGUCAUGCAUUAAUUUACUUACACGAUGACUGUUGGCUUCUGUCAAAUUCCUGAGCUGAAUGUCAUUUCCUGUUUUAAAUUUAAUUUACCUUAUCGCUUCUCGCUCUCUCUCUUUCUCUCUCUCCAUCUGUCGCUCUCUCUUCUGAAGUGUCUUUGGUCACUGUUAGUAACUCUUAGUCUGAAAGAUUUGCAAAGAAAGCGCUUGAGUCAACUAUCAAUGAGGUUUAUGGUACAAGGGACAAUGUUGCUCAGACAACGGUUUUCACAAGUUAAAGAGAAACUCUGACAUAAAUCAUACUUAGCCAUUUUCUCAUCAUAUGCCAUAUGUAGGCCGAUGUUCACCACAAGAUGUAUCUCUGUCCUGUACCUAAUAAGCUACCACACUGUUCUGUUCGGACACAAUAGUGCUGUUGAUGAUGACUGCAUGGUGUAAGAUAGCAAUUUCAGAUGUCAAGAUUCAUUAAAAUAAAGACAGAUAAAACUGAACAAGUCUGGUGUUAGCCAACAUAAUAGCCUAUUUCUUUCCCUUUACUUAUUUAAAUAGGCCUACAUGAUCAUCUUGGAUCCAUAGACUGAACACUUUGUUUCAGACACAAUAAAAAAUAUGUAUAUUAUCUA